GGACGCAUGCUUCAGCCAACGCAGAUAUGACGCGUCACACAUGCGACGAAAAUCAACACAUUUUUUUCCCCCAUCACCACCAGCUAACGUUACUGCAAGGAACGUCUGAAGCAAAGGCAACUGGGUCCCUCGCAAUACACAUUCUACUGAGAGGUUUGGACCUCAAUCCAAAAUGACAGACACAAAGCGUCUUGCCAUCUCCAUCAUUCAGUUUCUUCAUGAUCAACUGGGCUCUGGGAGUCUAUCGUCAGAUGCUCAGGAAAGUUUAGAAGUUGCAGUCCAAUGCCUGGAGACUGCCUUUGAGGUCUCGACCGAUGACCAGACCCUAUCUGUCACUCAAACAUUACCAGAGAUUUUUGCCUCUGCGACACAGAAGCAUCCUGAAACCUCCCAGGUGAAAAUAAACACAGCCACAGAUUCCCCUACUGGGGAGGAAGUAGCAGAGGCAGAGAGACUCAAAACUGACGGCAAUGAUCAAAUGAAGGUUGAGAAAUUUGGGGCAGCUGUGGAAUUCUACUCAAAGGCUAUUGCCAUAAACCCCCGGAAUGCAGUCUACUACUGCAACAGGGCUGCUGCAUACAGCAAACUAGGCAACUACGCUGGAGCAGUUCAGGACUGUGAACUUGCCAUUGGGAUUGACCCAAACUACAGCAAAGCAUAUGGAAGAAUGGGGUUGGCUCUAGCCAGUUUAAACAAACACACAGAAGCUGUAGGUUAUUACAAGAAAGCCCUAGAGUUGGACCCAGAGAACGACACCUACAAAUCCAACCUGAAAAUAGCAGAGCAGAAAAUGGAGACUCCAAGCCCAACAGGAGGAAUGGGAGGAGUUGAUCUGGCUGGUUUGCUCAGUAACCCUGGUUUCAUGAACAUGGCGUCCGGUUUGAUGAACAACCCACAAGUACAGCAAAUGAUGUCAGGGAUGAUGUCAGGGGCUUAUGGGCCAAUGGGAGCUCCAGCAGUGCCUGGGUUAGGAGCCGGACCAGGGUUAGGAGCCGGACCAUUAGGAGCUGGACCAGGGUUAGGAGCCGGACCGGCAGCAGGAGUUGGAGUAGUGGGAGCUGGUCCAGGUGACAUCUCUGGUCUCAUCCAAGCGGGCCAACAAUUUGCGCAGCAAAUGCAACAGCAGAACCCAGAGCUAAUUGAACAGCUGAGGAGUCAGAUUCACAGCCGGACACCUAGUGGUAGCAACGAAGAACAACCUUGACCCUCAGACGGGAAGAUUUGUGUGGAGAAGUGAAGAUGACAUGUAUUUUUUUUCUAUGUAUGAUUUGUAUUAUCUCCCAACUCUAUGGACAAAAAGCUUUAUUGCAUGUGUGCUCCCCCCUGUUUUUAAGGAAACUGAUCAGCAAAACCUUGCGGGAAUGAUGAAAUUUGAUAAACCUGCUGUCAACAGAUCUAGUCUGAAGUGUCUGCAAUGUCACACCAGUUUAGCUCUUGGUUUAGCUGUUUAAUGUUACUAUUCCUUGCCAGUGAACUGUUGUCGGAACUGAACAACCCCCCCCCC